AUGCCAGCAGGUCAAGGUAGAGAAGACUCACAGAUUGAGCUGAACGAGAUGGAUUCCACCGCUACAGCCUCAACUCAUGCUGAUGGUGAUACACAGACAGGUGCAGGCAAUAGUUCAGAGCAGGUUGUUGCCGGUUCAACGCAUGAAAAUCCAACAGUUUCACAAUACGAUGCUUCGGUUGGCGGCAGUGGGCAUAAUGAGGAAAUUUCCAACGAAGUGGGGGGCGAAACAGUAUCUGAGUAUUCGGUUGCAUCAAGAUUAAGAAGUACUGUACGUCAUUUGGUUCAUAAUACACUUCGGAAUGCACCACUUCUGAGGUUUAUUUACAAGUCAAACAGAUACAAUCAUCUAGGACAAUCCGAUCAUCCAGUUGGUGAGUCAAAUGACGGUGUGUUCAGCAAUAUGUCAGCAAAGCCAACAGUCGGAGAGAAUUCAGAUGUUACGGAAGAGCUUCCAACUUAUGAAGAUGCACUGGAGGACCCUGCUCCUCCUUAUUGGGAGUCCAGUAUAAUGGCUGGCUUUGAGGAUGAAAUAUUUGUGGAUGGACUUCCUGUGGGAAACAUUGUCAGCUUCCUCUGGAACAUGAUCGUGUCCAUCACUUUCCAGUUUAUAGGAUUUGUUAUCACGUAUCUUUUGCACACAUGCCACGGUGCAAAGAAUGGAUCCCAGGCCGGUUUGGGUGUCACGUUGUUUUCUUUCGGCUGGACAAUUCUUCCAUACUCGAGCUCCUCUGCUUUUGCUCCGGGAGACGGUGGCCAAAGGUUUGAGCCGGAGAACCCUUCAUCUGUGGAUAUUGACGACACGAUGACCUUAAAGGGUUCGCUAGAUGGCUUUGAAUCGAGUCUACCAUCUACUACAGAGGCUGCAGCGGCUGCAUCGGCGGAGCAGUCAUCUAUAUCUCAUGACAUGGUCUUUUCAUACAUGCUUAUGGCUCUUGGUUCGAUUAUUUUCUUCAAGGCCAUUUACGAUUUCUGGUGUGUUCGCAGGAAGGAGUACCGAAUAAUCCACUCUACAGACACUUCUGCGGUUUAG